GGAGGAGGGUUACGUAGCAGAGCAGCCCCUCCCUCCUGCCUCCUCCCCUGCCAUUCUGACCUCAGCUUGAUAAACCCUGGUUUUGUUUUCGCGCCACUCCCUAUCAGCCAGAUGCCAGAGUCGUGUCCGAGAUUGUUUUGACAUCUGCACAUGAUCUUGCACGCCUCUCGGUUGACUGAAGUAGUUCCCGAUUGGAAUUGUCAAGGCUUGGGCGCGACACUCCUUGAGAGAAUGGCCAGCAUGUUCGUGGCCGCCCCGCUUCGAGGAGAAGGAGGAGGCUGUGAAAAGCGCAAGGGCGAGGACUCGGACAGAGCUGUGAGGAUGAUGCGUGCAGAUAUAGAGAGUGAUGCGCCACGUGCUGUUUCGAGUUGCGAUCAGAGCGCGAGUGGAGGGGCAGCUUCCUGGAGAUGCGCCGGGCACCCUGGCCGACAACAGCACUUGGCAGAGCUCCGCGCCGCGUAGCGCGCGCGGCCAGGCCCGGCCGGGCGCGGGCGCCCCGCCGGCGUAGCCGGCGAGGGGCGCGCGCGGAGAAUCGCCGCGGCGGGCGCGGCCUGCGCGCGCGGGGCGUGGUGCCCCCGAGGCCAGGAGAGGAUCCCAUACGCCACUCCGAUUGCCCGCGCACCCUGGCGCCUGGCCCGAGCUUGCCCCCCCCCCCCCCCUGCCCUUCUCCUGCGGAGCCGCGCAGGCCCCGCCCCGGGCGUGCGCCCCUUGGCGCCCGGGGGCGCCGGCCGCUGUCCGGGAGGCGGGCGCCUCGGAGGA